AUUCAACUUAUCAUUAACUAACAAUCAUGUCAAAGAAAGAAAUGCGCAUCUUGUCAACUGAUGAGAUCGCAAAGCACAACAAGCCUGACGACCUCUGGGUCAUCAUCGACGCAAAGGUGUACGACCUCUCCCGCUUCGCAGAGAUGCACCCUGGUGGUGCCGCAGUCCUCUACGACCCAGAAGUAGCAGGUCAGGAUGCCACAGACGCAUUCUUCGGCUUGCACAGGAUGGAGGUCCUCCUCCGUCCCCAGUACAAGCGCUUCCUCAUCGGCACAGUUCAGGGAGAAGAGAGCAAGAUCAUCUUCCCUAAACCCGGAGACAUCUCCCAGGUGCCUUACGCCGAGCCUACAUGGCUGAACGAGGGGUACUACAGCCCAUACUUUACCGAGAACCACCGUCAGUUCCAGCUGGCGGUGCGCAAGUUUGUCGAUGAGUACGUCACGCCCGACGCGCAUGACAGGGAGGAGGACGGGAAGCGGCCCUCACAGAGCGUGUUUGACAAGAUGGCUGAGAUGGAGAUGCAUGCGAUGCGUUUGGGGCCGGGAAAGCAUCUCAAGGGGCGCAAGCUCAUGGGUGGCCUGGUCGACCCGGAGAAGUUUGAUUACUUCCACGAGUUGAUCAUCACCCAGGAGCUGGCGCGGACUGGUUCGCGUGGAUAUGGGGACGGUAUGCUCGGUGGGAUGGUCAUCGGCUUGCCUCCGGUACUCAAUUUCGGCUCCGAGGAGGUGAAGAGGAUGGUGGUGCCGGACGUGUUGGCGGGGAAGAAGUUUAUCUGUCUCGCGAUUAGCGAGGCGUUUGCCGGCUCAGACGUCGCCGGUCUCCGUUGUACGGCUGUGAAGAGCGAAGAUGGGAAGGAGUGGAUCAUCAACGGCACGAAGAAAUGGAUCACGAACGGGACGUUUGCCGACUGGUUCACCGUCGGGUGCAAGACCGAGGGCGGGCUCACCGUCAUCCUGGUUCCGCGCUGCGAGGGUCUCCAGACAAAGCAAAUCAAGACGUCCUACUCUCCAACCGCGGGCACCGCAUAUAUCAAGUUUGACAACGUGCGCGUGCCGGUGGGUUACACCCUUGGACCGGAAGACGGGGGCUUGCUUGUCAUCCUGAGCAAUUUCAACCACGAGCGGUGGGUCAUGUGCUGCGCGAGUGCACGGAGUCAACGGCACGUCGUCGAGGAGUGCCUCAAGUGGGCACAUCAGCGCAAGGCGUUCGGAAAGCCUCUGACUGGUCAGGCUAUCAUCCGCGCCAAGCUCGCCCAGAUGAUCUCCCGCGUUGAGGCUGUCCAAUCCUGGCUCGAGGCCGUCACCUACCAAAUGUGCCACAUGAGCUACAAGCAGCAGUCCUCCAAGCUCGCGGGCCAAAUCGCCUUCCUCAAGAUGUUCUGUACCAAGACUGCCCAGCAGACGGCAGAGGAAGCGACGCAGGUCUUUGGCGGGCGUGGGAUCACCCGCACGGGCAUGGGCAGGUUCAUAGAGCAUUAUCAUCGGACAGUGCCGUUUGACAGCCUUUUGGGUGGGGCGGAGGACGUGCUCGCUGAUCUGGGCGUGAGGCAAGCCAUGCGCAAGAUCCCCGAGAACACGCGGUUGUAGGCAGGAAGCAGUCAGCAGGCAGGAGGAGCAGGAGACCUGGUGUAUCAUCGUUCGUUCUUUCGUUCAUCCAUUCACAGUACUACUCAACACCGCGAUAUUCGACGCAGAGCAUGGCAUAUGUAUUGCAUUGCAGGACUUGACGACACAGCUCUAAUAUAUCAUCCACGUCCAUUUUGUCCACACCUUUGUCCAUGCCCAGUUCCAAUUGCGAGUGUUGCCACCAUCAGCCACCUCAGUACCUCACUCCAACAGCUGUCGGAGCGCCUCUCGACCUCCUACUCCAUCCAAUCCAAACAGCAAUAUAGUUCUUUGCGAAUAUCUCCCCAAACCCGAGCAUAACACCGUUCAGGAAAGGUAACGCCAAGUUGAUGGCGAGCGUGCUUGCGAGUGCUAGGAGUCGGGUACGGAGGGGUAAGUUAGGGGAGAAGACGCUCACUACGAGCGUUAUCGGUGCUUCGGGCUUAGGGGCUUCCUUGCUUUUCUCUUCAGUUUUAGAAGCAGUAGCAGCGACGGCCGCUGCAGCCGCCGCCGCCGCUGCGGAAGAGCUAGCAGCAGGUCGCCGACGAGGUGCGCUCUCAGCGAGCGAGGACUCGUCCGCUUCUGGAGAGGACUUUGUUCCUGCGGACACUUCGACGCCUGAGUCGGUGUCCGUCUGGAAGAGGGAGGGGAUCGUAGGUGGGGUACUGCCGAGGGAGACGAUGGAUGGGAAGUCUGAGUGGACUGAGGAGAACAUAUGCCCUCCUUCGGGCUCGCUGGCUCCUUCCCCCAGUACAGGCUCAACCGGAUGUCCAGGAGCGUCAAACACCACGUCCGGAAGGGGCUCAGUCUCCCUAAUCCUAGCCCAUCUCGCUCGUUCCUCCUCCGCCUUCUGCCGCGCAACCGCAGCUUCAGCGCGCCACGCCGCGAGCCGGUUGUCGUAUUCCGCCUUCCAGGUGUCGUCCGCUGGUGCGUCGCUCGAUUCGGCUGAAGCGGGGGCGGGGGCUGAGGGCUGAGAUCCGGGCUGAGUGGGGGGUUGGGCUGGAGCUUCGGGGGCGGGGGUGGAGAGCAGCGAUGGGUCGGACGAGGUGAAUGACGAGUCCAGGGCUUCUCUUAGAGGGUCGAGAUACCCGCUACUGGCGAGAUCUUGAGCAGAAUGCGCCAUCGUCGUCGCUGUCGUCGACGUGCGGUCGUCGUCCGUCGUGGAUGGUCGU